GUCUGUAGAGGACGGGUGGUUGCUAGGCAACAGCAAACAUUCCGGACUACAGUCGACUUUCUACUACCAGACCUGGUGUUGCUGUCUCUGGAGCCCCUCGACAGCGGCGGCUGUGGCUGCCCUAGGCUGACUUGGAGUGAGAAUGGCUUUUCACACCUCAGAGAAGGAUGUCAAACUGAAAAAUAUUGAAGAGCAGGUGGAAAACCCUGCCCUUGCAAGACUGAACAGUAUAACAGCAAAGGGAAGACUGAGUUUUGUAGUACCCACCGAAAAUGAAUCUGACACACAGUUCCUGACAUUCAGGCACACUACAAAAGCUCAAGAGAGAACAAGAAAACGACAGCAGCCUAUAAAACUAGAGCCUCUGCCAGUGCUAAAAGUCUACCAAGAUCAUAAGAGGCCAGAAUACAUAUAUGAGCAGAACCGACUUCAGUUAGUCACUUCUGGAAUCAUAAAACCUCCAAGAAGAGAGGAAAGUUCUGCCAAAGUGUCUAUUCAGUUUCCUGAACAGCAAGUUCAUGUGGUGAAGAAAAAACAGAUCCACCGGCCCUCUACUGAGAUGUUCGCUCCCUCUCCUAAACUGUCACGUACCGGUAUUGGAAGAAGAGGUCUCUAUGGGACUAGCUCCUCAGCGUACCCUAAAUACACAUUCCAUGACCGGGAAGAAGUCAUUAAAGCCAACAUUCGUAAUCCCUUGCAAAUCAUUAAAAUAAUACGUGAAAAUGAACAUCUUGGAUUUCUUUAUAUGAUCCCUGCAGUGCCAAGGUCUUCCAUUGAAUAUGAUACAUAUAAUCUCAAAGUUGUAAGUUAUGAAAACAUCAAUAAAAAUGACUACUAUACUAUUAGCAAAAAAGCAGUAAUGCACAUUUAUAAUGAGGACAUUGAAUAUAUCGAAAUUGAUCGAUGGGAACAGGAAUAUCUAUAUCACAGAGAACUCACUAAGAUUCCCAUAUUUGCACUUUUCCGGAAAUGGAAGGCUUUUAACGUGUGGAAGAAGAAUGUCCGUUCCAAGAAAAUCAGUGGAUGUCGAAAAUCUCUACAAAAAAAAAAUCUGUUCAUUGUUAAUCAUUAUUUGCGACCAGCUCUUCUUAAAAUAAAUGAACUAUGCUAUCACUUGAGUUUUAUGGGACUUUGUCAUAUUGAAAAAUGUCAUACCUACACCCUGCAAGAAUUUAAAGUUGCACAAGUCAUACGGUUAGAAGAGGUGACAGAGCGCCUAGAAGAAUUUCGAAAUGAGGCAAAAAAUGUGGUCAGGAAGGCUUGUCGAAUUGCUCUUCGUGCCGCAGGAUUUAUUCCUGAUGACUGUCUACAUAAACCUGUUGAGGAUUAUUAUAAAAUGCAAGACAUCGGAGGUCUCAUUGAGUUGCCUGCUUACGCAGACUCUGACAAAAUGACAUACACAGAGCAGGCCAGCAAAAGGCAUCACUGCCUGAGGCUAACGUGCUUUAUCCGUCUAAAUGACUAUCUAAUUGAGAACACAAUGCACAUCCUAACAGUAAAUUCUGUUAACUCUCUUUUGAAUUAUCUUACUGACAAGCUAAAACGAACACCUUCAGCAGAUGUCAUUCAGAAAUGGAUUACUGAAGAGAAGCCUGAAGUCACUGAGAAAAAGGGGACCUCUGUGGUGGAAAAGCAGGAAGAAGAUGAGUCUCUCAUCCCCAUGUUUCUCACAGAACUGAUUUUGACAGUCCAAUCAUUACUAUUUGAACCUUCUUUGGAAGACUUUCUGGAUGGUAUUUCUGGCGCAAUUAAUCACUUUCAAAACACUGUGCUAUCAGUUCCUAACCUUGUACCUGAUACAUAUUUCGAUGCUUUUACCAGACCUUACAUUAACAACAAACUUGAAGAAAAAACCUGUGGAUCUGGACCAAGCCUAUCAGCAGUAUUUGAUGAUGAUAAGAAUUUUCACACAAUUAUCCUUCAAAUAAAGGAAACCAUACAGGCAGCAUUUGAAUCUGCCCAAUUAUAUGCAGCUACAUUUGAAAAGUUUCAGAUAUUCUUCAAGGAAAAUGAAAGUCUUGACUUACAAGCUCUUAAACUUCAAGAACCUGAUGUUGAGUUUUUUAGAGUACAACUGGAAAAAUAUCACAGACAGCACAAGGAUGCAGUAGCUCUGAGACCUACCAGAAAUGUAGGAUUGCUGCUCAUUGAUACAAAGCUGCUAAAAGAAAAACUAAUUCCAUCACCUUUGCGAUGCUUGGAGGUGCUAAAUUACAUGCUUCCCCGUCAAAGCAAGAAAAAAGUGGAUGCCAUUAUCUCUGAGGCACAAGAUGCAGAGUAUAAACUUGAGUUUGUUCCAACAACCACCAUAGAAUAUGUUAACAGCUUAGUAUUUCUUGAUGAAAUUCAGGAAAGGAUCGAAAGCCUUGAAGAUGAAGGCAAUGUAGUGAUUCAGAUGUACAAGCUCAUUGAACAGUAUCAGGUCCCCACACCUCCGGAAGACUUCGCUGUUUUUGCUACUAUGAAGCCAUCCAUUGUUGCAGUUCAGAACGCCAUCGAUAAAUCCGUGGGUGACCGAGAAACAAGGAUCAGGCAAUUUUCUCAGCAUUUGGGUAGAGACCUUGAAGACCUAACCAACGAAGUGAAUGAAGUAAAGCUACAAGCACAAGAUCCACAGAUUUUGGAUAUCACUGCUGACCAAGGCAAAAUAAAGCUCAUGUUGAAUGAGCUGCAGGUAGUUCUAGAUGAUCUUCAAAAACGUGCGUUUCAGUAUAAAUCCUAUCAGAAGAAUUUUAAGGUAGAAGUAUCGAAGUUUGAAGCUCUGGAAGAAGUUAGUGCUGAAUUGAAACUCAAACAAUUGCUCUGGGAUUCUUUAUCUGAAUGGGAUCAACUCCAACAAGAAUGGUUAAAGUCCAAGUUUGACUGCCUGGAUCCAGAAUUCCUGAAUAGUCAAGUUUCUAAAUAUGCCAAAUUUGUGACUCAAUUGGAAAAGGGCUUGCCACCCAACAGUGUAGUUCCCCAGCUAAAACAUAAGGUGGAAAAAAUGAAAGAAAAGCUUCCAGUUAUCAUUGACUUGAGGAACCCAACUUUGAAGGCAAGACAUUGGGCAGCUAUUGAACAAACAGUUGAUGCCUCCCUAGUGGACCUUGAAAUUCCAUUAACCUUGCAGAAGCUCUCUGAGUUGCGUGUUUUUGAUUUUGGCCAAGAAAUCCAGGACAUUUCUGGGCAGGCUUCUGGAGAAGCUGCCUUAGAAACAAUUCUUAAAAAGGUGGAGGAUUCUUGGAAAACAACCGAAUUCGUCAUUCUCCCUCACCGUGACUCCAAAGAUGUGUUUAUUCUGGGCGGCACAGAUGACAUACAGGUCCUUCUUGAUGACAGCACCAUCAACAUCGCAACCAUUGCCUCAUCACGUUAUGUUGGUCCCUUGAAAACUCGAGUGGAUGACUGGCAGAAACAACUUGCCUUAUUUAAUCAAACACUGGAAGAGUGGCUGAACUGCCAGAGAAACUGGCUCUACCUAGAAAGUAUUUUUAAUGCUCCAGAUAUUCAGAGGCAAUUGCCUGCCGAGGCUAAGAUGUUCCUGCAAGUGGAUAAGUCAUGGAAAGAAAUCAUGAGGAAGGUGAACCGGUUGCCUAACGCUCUUCGAGCAGCUACUCAACCAGGACUUCUGGAGACUUUUCAAAAUAAUAAUGCAUUACUUGACCAAAUUCAAAAGUGUCUGGAGGCAUAUUUAGAAUCAAAAAGAGUUAUCUUUCCAAGAUUUUACUUCUUGUCAAAUGAUGAACUUCUGGAGAUUCUGGCCCAGACACGAAAUCCCCAAGCUGUGCAGCCACACUUAAGGAAAUGCUUUGACUCCAUUUCAAAGCUUGAAUUUGCUCUCAUGCCUCCUACUGAAGGAAAAAUUCCUGGUGUGGAAGGAGAGCCAGAAAAGAUUUACACUAACGAUAUUUUAGCGAUGCUAUCACCAGAAGGAGAACGGGUUAGCUUGGGAAAAGGCCUGAAAGCCCGGGGCAACGUGGAGGAAUGGCUUGGUAAAGUGGAGGAAGCCAUGUUCACUUCUCUGCGUCGCCUGAGCAAAGCUGCCAUCGCCGACUAUCAGGGGAAACCAAGGACAGACUGGGUGACUGCUGGCCACCCUUCUCAAGUGAUCCUGACCAUUUCUCAAAUAAUGUGGUGCCGUGAUUUGACUGAGUGUCUGGAAAGAGAAGAUGGUAACCACGUAGAGGCCCUGGAAGAUUUUGAGAAAGUAAACUUUGAGAGAUUAAAUGCCCUGGCAGUGAUAGUUCGAGGCAGUCUUCCAAAAUUACAGAGAAACAUCAUAACUGCCUUAAUUACUAUUGAUGUACAUGCAAGAGACAUAGUCACUGAACUUGUUCAAGCCAAGGUAGAGGAAGUCAAUUCCUUUGACUGGCAGAGACAACUGCGCUAUUAUUGGGAUGUAGAUGUGGAUAAUUGUGUGGCUAGGAUGGCGCUCUCUCAGUACAUUUAUGGCUACGAGUAUUUGGGUGCAUGCCCAAGACUAGUUAUUACUCCUCUCACGGAUCGCUGCUACCUUUGCCUCAUGGGAGCUUUGCAGCUCGACCUGGGAGGCGCGCCGGCUGGUCCUGCAGGUACUGGGAAGACAGAGACAACCAAAGACCUAGCUAAAGCUCUUGCCAUCCAAUGUGUGGUCUUCAACUGCUCCGAUGGUUUGGACUACAAGAUGAUGGGGCGCUUCUUCAGCGGUCUGGCACAGUCAGGGGCCUGGUGCUGCUUUGAUGAAUUUAAUCGAAUUGACAUAGAAGUUUUGUCGGUCAUAGCACAGCAACUCAUUACCAUUAGGAAUGCCAAAGCCGCAAAGCUGUCUAGAUUCAUGUUUGAGGGGCGGGAAAUAAAGUUGGUCAUGACUUGUGCAGCUUUUAUCACAAUGAAUCCUGGAUACGCAGGCAGAACCGAAUUGCCGGAUAAUUUGAAAGCCCUGUUUAGACCCUUUGCAAUGAUGGUUCCGAAUUACGCUUUGAUUGCAGAGGUAAUUCUAUAUUCGGAAGGAUUUGAAUCCAGUAAAAUAUUAGCGAGAAAAAUGACCCAGAUGUAUAAGCUCUGCAGUGAACAGCUCUCUCAGCAGGAUCACUACGACUUUGGCAUGAGAGCUGUAAAGUCUGUACUGGUCAUGGCCGGGUCUUUAAAAAGGGAGAAUCCAGACCUAAGUGAAGAUGUGGUGUUGAUAAGAGCUUUACGAGACUCCAACUUGCCAAAAUUCCUAACAGAUGAUGCUCUUCUGUUCAGUGGAAUCAUAUCUGAUCUUUUUCCUGGAGUCCAAAUUCCAGAACAUGAUUAUGGUAUAUUGCAGUCAACAAUUAUAGAUGUCAUGAAUAGACAGAAUCUUCAGCCUGAGGCAUGUAUGGUUAAAAAAGUGAUACAGUUCUAUGAAACUAUGCUGGUAAGACAUGGUGUGAUGUUAGUUGGGCCAACAGGAGGUGGCAAGACCACAGUUUACCAAAUACUGGCAGAAACUUUAGGGAAUUUGCGAAAACUUGGUGUAGACAAUCCCUUUUACCAACCAGUUAAAACAUAUGUUCUUAAUCCUAAAUCAAUUACAAUGGGUGAAUUAUAUGGCGAAGUUAAUAACGUAACCUUGGAGUGGAAAGAUGGUUUGAUGGCACUAAGUGUCCGAGCAGCUGUGAAUGACACUUCAGAAGACCAUAAAUGGAUCAUCAGUGAUGGGCCCGUGGAUGCUCUUUGGAUUGAAAAUAUGAAUACAGUGUUGGAUGAUAACAAGAUGCUUUGUCUGGCUAACAGUGAGAGGAUCAAACUCACACCUCAAAUCCACAUGCUUUUUGAGGUGCAAGAUCUAAGGGUUGCCUCUCCUGCAACAGUCAGUCGAUGUGGAAUGGUGUUUGUGGAUCCUGAAGAACUGAAAUGGAUGCCUUAUGUUAAAACAUGGAUGAAGAGUACUUCUAACAAACUGAAUGAGGAAACCCAAGAAUAUAUAUUGAAUCUUUUCCAACGUUAUGUUGAUGAUGGUUUAUAUUUUAUCAAUAAAAAAUGUGGCCAAGCAAUCCCACAAGUGGACAUCAGCAAAGUUACUACACUCUGUUGCUUAUUGGAGUCUUUGAUACUUGGGAAGGAUGGAGUUAAUUUGACAAUGGAACAAACAAAACUGAAUACAAUACUAUGUCAGACUUUCAUAUUCUGUUAUUUAUGGUCUUUGGGUGGUAAUCUAACUGAAAACUACUGGGAUUCUUUUGAUACAUUUAUUAGAACACAAUUCGAUGAUAAUCCUGAUGCCAGGCUGCCCAGUUCUGGUGAUCUGUGGAGCAUCCACAUGGACUUCGACACCAAACGGCUGGAUCCCUGGGAACGAAUCAUACCCACCUUCAAGUACAGCCGAGAUGUUCCUUUUUUUGAAAUGCUUGUCCCCACAACGGACACAGUGCGCUUUGGGUAUCUAAUGGAAAAAUUGCUGGCAGUCAGGCAUUCAGUGUUGUUUACGGGAAUAACUGGAGUUGGCAAGUCUGUCAUUGCAAAAGGAUUGUUGAAUAGAAUUCAGGAAUCAGCCGGCUAUGUUCCUGUUUAUCUGAAUUUUUCUGCUCAAACUUCAUCUGCAAGAACACAAGAGAUCAUUGAGUCAAAACUGGAAAGGAAAAGAAAAAAUAUACUAGGAGCACCGGGAAACAAACAAGUUGUGAUUUUUGUUGAUGAUUUAAACAUGCCCAGACUAGACCACUAUGGCUCUCAACCUCCAAUUGAAUUACUUCGGCAGUAUCAAGAUUUUGGUGGAUUUUAUGACAGAAACAAAUUCUUUUGGAAAGACAUACAGGAUGUCACGAUCCUAUCGGCAUGUGCACCCCCAGGCGGGGGCCGCAACCCUGUGACUCCCCGCUUCAUCCGCCACUUCAGCAUGCUGUGCCUUCCCAUGCCCUCAGAGCACAGUCUGAAGCAGAUUUUUCAGGCCAUCUUAAAUGGCUUCCUUAGUGACUUCCCACCAGCUGUAAAGCAAACCGCAGCAAACAUUGUAGAAGCCGCAGUUGAGAUUUAUAACAGAAUGAGUGUUGAUCUUCUGCCAACACCAGCCAAGUCCCAUUAUGUCUUUAACUUGAGAGAUUUAUCCAAGUGUGUACAAGGUAUCCUCCAGUGUGAUCCAGGAACAAUAAGAGAAGAAAUACAGAUAUUUAGACUCUUUUGCCAUGAAUGCCAAAGAGUUUUCCAUGACCGUUUGAUUAAUAAUGAAGAUAAACACUAUUUCCAUACUAUUUUGACAGAAAUGGCCAAUAAACAUUUUGGAAUUGCAAUUGGCCUGGAAUAUUUUUUAAAUAGACCCAUCAUCUUUGGAGACUUUAUUAAGUUUGGAGCAGAUAAGAUUGACCGGAUUUAUGAUGACAUGCCCGAUAUGGAGAAAAUCGCAAAUGUUCUAGAGGACUAUCUUGAUGAUUAUAACCUUACAAAUCCCAAAGAAGUAAAGUUGGUGUUCUUCCAGGAUGCUAUAGAACAUGUUUCAAGGAUUGCCCGCAUGAUCCGUCAGGAAAGAGGCAACGCCCUGCUUGUUGGAGUAGGAGGCACAGGAAAGCAGUCUCUUACAAGACUUGCAGCUCACAUAUGUGGUUACAAAUGUUUGCAAAUUGAACUGAGCCGGGGAUAUAAUUAUGACAGUUUUCACGAAGACCUGAGGAAGCUGUACAAACUGGCUGGUGUAGAUGACAGGAAUAUGGUCUUUCUCUUCACGGACACCCAGAUUGUAGUGGAGGAGUUCCUGGAAGAUAUAAAUAACAUCCUGAACUCAGGUGAAGUGCCCAAUUUAUUUGAAAAGGAUGAACUGGAACAGGUUUUAGCAGCCACCAGACCAAGGGCGAAAGAAGUAGGCAUUUCUGAGGGAAACAGAGAUGAGGUGUUUCAGCACUUUAUCAGCAGAGUCCGUCAGAAGCUGCACAUUGUUCUCUGUAUGAGCCCUGUGGGGGAGGCCUUUCGGUCCCGAUGCCGGAUGUUUCCAUCCCUUGUGAACUGCUGCACUAUUGAUUGGUUUGUCCAGUGGCCUAGAGAAGCACUUCUUUCUGUAUCAAAGACGUUUUUUGCAAACGUGGAUGCUGGAAAAGAAGAACUGAAAGAAAAGCUUUCCCUCAUGUGCGUGAACGUUCACUUGAGCGUCUCCACGAUGGCAGAACGCUAUUACAUGGAGCUCCGCAGACGGUACUACACAACGCCUACCUCCUACUUGGAACUCAUCAAUCUCUUCCUGACUAUGCUGAGUGAGAAAAAGAAGCAGCUGGUUUCGGCACGUGACCGGGUGAAAAACGGUCUCACCAAGCUAUUAGAAACAAACGUACUAGUAGAUAAAAUGAAAUUAGAACUUUCAGCUUUAGAACCUGUUCUUCUUCAAAAAUCACAAGAUGUUGAAGCCCUGAUGGACAAAUUGGCAGUAGAUCAAGAAAAUGCCGAUCAGGUCCGUAGCAUUGUGCAGGAAGAUGAAGCAACAGCAAAAGUGAAAGCUGAGGAAACCCAAGCAAUUGCCGAUGAUGCUCAGAGAGACCUUGAAGAAGCUCUCCCUGCCCUUGAUGCUGCUAAUAAAGCCCUGGAUUCCUUAGAUAAAGCAGACAUAUCGGAAAUCAGAGUUUUUACAAAGCCCCCAGAUAUGGUCAUGACUGUUAUGGAAGCGAUUUCUAUUCUCUUGAAUGCCAAGCCUGAUUGGCCAACAGCCAAGCAACUUCUUGGUGAUUCUAACUUUCUAAGAAGACUUUUAGAAUAUGAUAAGGAGAACAUAAAGCCUCAGAUAUUGGCAAAACUUCAAAAGUAUAUUAACAAUCCUGAUUUUGUGCCUGAAAAAGUAGAGAAAGUGUCCAGAGCAUGUAAAUCCAUGUGCAUGUGGGUAAGAGCGAUGGAUUUAUACUCUAGGGUAGUCAAAGAAGUCGAACCAAAGAGACAAAAACUCCGUGCUGCACAGGCUGAACUUGAUAUUACUAUGGCCACUCUGAGAGAAAAGCAAGCAUUACUAAAGCAAGUAGAAGAUCAAAUACAAGCCUUACAAGAUGAAUAUGACAAAGGUGUGAAUGAGAAAGAAGGUCUAGCAAAGACUAUGGCCCUGACCAAAGCACGUCUGAUACGUGCUGGAAAGCUGACGGCUGCAUUAGGAGAUGAGCAAGUUCGAUGGGAAGAAAGCAUUGAGAAAUUCAAUGAGGAGAUAUCAAAUAUCAUUGGGAAUGUGUUUAUAGCAGCAGCUUGUGUUGCCUAUUAUGGGGCCUUCACAGCCCAGUAUAGGCAAUCGCUUAUAGAAUAUUGGAUCCAGGACUGUCUGUCUCUGGAGAUCCCAAUUAAUCCUUCCUUCAGUCUCAUUAACAUUCUUGGCGAUCCCUACGAAAUACGGCAGUGGAACACUGAUGGGCUGCCCCGUGACAUAAUAUCAACAGAAAAUGGUAUCUUGGUUACUCAAGGGAGACGGUGGCCUCUGAUGAUUGAUCCCCAGGAUCAGGCAAACCGUUGGAUAAGGAACAGGGAAAGCAAGAGUGGUUUAAAGAUCAUUAAGCUUACGGAUAGUAAUUUCUUACGUACACUGGAAAAUUCAAUCCAACUUGGUUUACCCGUCUUGCUGGAAGAGCUUAAAGAAACCUUGGAUCCAGCUCUAGAACCCAUUCUCUUGAAGCAGACUUUCAUGAGUGGUGGACGGCUGCUCAUUCACCUUGGAGAUUCAGACAUUGAUUAUGACAAAAACUUUAGGUUCUAUAUGACAACCAAAUUGCCAAAUCCCCACUACCUGCCUGAGGUGUGCAUUAAAGUUACCAUCAUCAAUUUCACCGUAACCAAAUCAGGUCUAGAGGAUCAAUUGUUAAGUGAUGUGGUACGACUCGAAAAACCCGAGUUGGAGGAACAAAGAAUCAAGCUCAUUGUGAGGAUCAACACUGACAAAAACCAGCUGAAAACUAUCGAGGAGAAAAUCCUGAGAAUGCUCUUUACAUCGGAAGGAAAUAUCCUGGACAAUGAAGAACUUAUUGACACACUCCAGGAUUCAAAGAUCACUUCUGGUGCCAUUAAAAUCAGGCUAAAGGAAGCCGAGUCCACUGAAAUGAUGAUCAAUGUCGCUCGUGAGAAGUACCGUCCAGUAGCCACUCAAGGCUCCGUCAUGUACUUUGUUAUUGCAAGCCUCUCAGAAAUAGAUCCUAUGUACCAGUAUUCGUUAAAAUACUUUAAACAGUUGUUCAAUACAACAAUCGAGACUUCUCUAAGGACAGAUGAUCUACAGCAGCGCUUGGAAAUACUGCUGGAACAAACUCUUCUAACCGCUUAUGUCAAUGUUUCAAGAGGACUUUUUGAACAACAUAAACUCAUCUACAGCUUUAUGCUCUGUGUUGAGAUCAUGCGUCAGCAAGAAAACUUAACUGAUGCUGAAUGGAAUUUCUUUCUCCGAGGUUCUGCAGGAUUAGAAAAGGUACCUAUCUCAAGUUUGGAUUAUGCUUGCAAGAGACAAUUUGAAAAUGCAAUUAGGAAAAAAUCCAGUUACAGUGGCAGAUCUUUUGAGACUUAUAUUAACCCAGCUGAAUGGGAAGGCUAUUCUAAAAUGAAGGCAGAAGAGGAAUUCAUGACACAAGAAAAAGAGAUCAAAAGCCAUAAUUCUUGGCAUCCAGUAUUAAGUUCUUUCCAAAAGCUAAUUCUCAUUAAAUGUUGUAAAGAAGAGAAGGUGGUUUUUGCUCUUACAGACUUUGUAAUAGAAAAUCUUGGAAAACACUUUAUAGAGACACCACCUGUGGACUUGCCCACUCUGUAUCAAGACAUGUCAUAUAACACUCCCCUGGUAUUUAUCUUAAGCACAGGCUCGGAUCCUAUGGGCGCAUUCCAGAGGUUUGCCAGGGACAGCGGGUAUUCAGAACGACGUUACUUUAAUGUGACUGUAAAGGGACUGGUUUACUCCGUAACCAAUGAGCCUCCGAAAGGUCUACGUGCAAAUAUCAGACGAGCAUUUACUGAAAUGACACCUUCGUUUUUUGAAGAAAAUAUACUUGGAAGAAAAUGGAGACAAAUAAUAUUUGGCAUUUGCUUCUUCCAUGCAAUUAUUCAGGAGAGAAAAAAGUUUGGCCCCCUUGGUUGGAAUAUCUGCUAUGAAUUUAAUGACAGUGACAGGGAAUGUGCUUUACUAAACCUCAACCUUUAUUGUCAAGAAGGAAAGAUUCCCUGGGAUGCGUUGAUUUACAUUACUGGUGAAAUUACAUAUGGUGGUAGAGUUACAGAUACCUGGGAUCAAAGAUGCCUUCGUACGGUCUUAAAAAGGUUCUUUUCUCCUGAAACAUUAGAAGAGGAUUAUAAAUAUUCGGAAUCAGGCAUCUAUUUUGCACCUUUGGCUGACAGCCUACAAGAGUUUAAGGACUACAUUGAAAAUCUGCCUUUGAUGGAUGACCCAGAAAUAUUUGGAAUGCAUGAAAAUGCCAACCUAGUUUUCCAGUACAAAGAGACCAACACUUUAAUCAACACCAUACUUGAAGUUCAGCCAAGAUCGUCAUCUGGUGGAGAGGGAAAAAGCAAUGAUGAAAUUGUCCAAGAACUUGUUGCUUCAGUCCGGACCAGAGUUCCAGAAACACUAGAAAUGGAGAGUGCAACGGAGAGCCUUUUCAUCAGGGAUCCUCAAGGACGCCUUAACUCCUUGACUACCGUGCUUGGACAAGAAGUGGACCGCUUUAACAAGCUACUGAAGUUAAUACACACUUCUCUGGAAACACUCAACAAAGCCAUCGCCGGCUUAGUGGUGAUGUCUGAAGAAAUGGAGAAGGUGUAUAACAGUUUCCUCAACAACCAGGUUCCUUCUCUGUGGUCCAGCACAGCCUACCCAUCCCUGAAGCCACUGGGAUCAUGGGUCAAAGACCUCAUCCUGAGGACUGCGUUUGUGGACUUGUGGCUCAAAAGAGGGCAGCCUAAGUCCUUCUGGAUCUCCGGUUUCUUCUUUCCUCAAGGAUUUCUAACAGGAACUCUUCAAAAUCAUGCUCGGAAAUACAAUUUGCCUAUAGAUGAGCUGAGUUUCAAAUACAACAUCAUUCCUACCUACCGGGAUCAAGCUGCAGUUAUAGAAGCUGCCAAGACAGUGCAGUUUGGACAAGAAUUGCCCAUGGACUUGGAGGUAUUGUCCCCCCGACUACUCUGUGUGUGCUAG